GCAACCAGGGUUAAAGUAUGGCAAGCGAAGAUGGUUUCUGCCAAGGAGCCAACGAUCGCUAUGUUUUCGGGUCUGUCGAUCAUCUUUUUCCUGUGCUGGGCGACCUGUGUCACCGCGCUCCCGGGACAAGAGAAAUUAUGGCCGGAGAAUUUUACGCGCAUCCUGGACCGUCUCUUGGAUGGCUAUGACAACAGGCUGCGUCCUGGAUUUGGGGGUCCUGUCACUGAAGUCAAAACAGAUAUCUAUGUCACAAGUUUUGGACCUGUUUCUGAUGUAGAAAUGGAAUAUACAAUGGAUGUUUUCUUUCGUCAGACAUGGGUUGACAAGAGAUUAAAAUAUGAUAGUCCCAUUGAAAUUCUAAGAUUAAACAACUUGAUGGUUAACAAAGUGUGGACCCCAGAUACUUUCUUUCGGAAUGGAAAAAAAUCUGUGUCUCAUAACAUGACAGCCCCAAAUAAACUAUUUAGAAUUAUGAGAAAUGGCACCAUUCUAUAUACAAUGAGGCUCACCAUAAGUGCUGAAUGUCCCAUGAGACUGGUGGAUUUCCCAAUGGAUGGACAUGCCUGUCCGCUAAAAUUUGGAAGCUAUGCAUAUCCAAAGAGCGAAAUGAUCUACACCUGGACAAAAGGGCCAAAAAAUUCAGUGGAAGUCCCUGAAGAGUCUUCUAGUUUAGUUCAAUAUGACCUACUUGGACAUACAGCAUCUACUGACACAAUUAAAUCUAUCACAGGUGAAUAUGUGGUCAUGACAGUACACUUCCAUCUCCGAAGGAAAAUGGGAUAUUUUAUGAUACAGACAUAUAUUCCGUGCAUCAUGACUGUGAUCCUCUCCCAGGUGUCAUUUUGGAUUAAUAAAGAGUCCGUUCCUGCGAGAACUGUUUUUGGAAUAACCACUGUGUUGACCAUGACAACUUUGAGCAUCAGCGCCAGGCAUUCCUUACCGAAGGUCUCCUAUGCCACAGCCAUGGAUUGGUUCAUAGCGAUAUGCUUUGCCUUUGUAUUCUCUGCACUGAUUGAAUUUGCAGCUGUCAACUAUUUUACGAACAUUCAGACAGAAAAAGCCAAAAGGAAGGGAGUGAAAUCCAUCCCUGAAUGUUCAGCAGCACCUGUACAGAAGGAAAUGUGUACAGAGGAGACAUCCACGUGUACAGACUCAAAUUCAAAUGUGAGGAAAAGAACAAACACCAUAGUACAACCAGAUUUGGAGACUGCCAAAAGAAUUGAGCCAGGAAACAAUUCAUUGCCUUCUUCUACAUUAACUCAGGGGCCCUUGGACAUUACGCCCCGAUCGCCUUCAGCUUCAAGUCCAAACCCAUUCAGCCGAAUUAAUAUAUCAGAAACACUGGCUUCUGCAAGAGCAACUCCUUCAGCUCCUCCAUCCACCCCAGUUUUAACAGGUUACCUUGCCCAACAGGGCACCAUGGAAUCCCCGUCCAUUCAUCAUUUACUUGGAUCUAGACUGGAGGAGAUUCAGACUACCACAAAUGCUUUGGGAGUGCCCACAAAAUCCCCAUGCCUCAGUUCUCCUCCUGCUCCAUCAGCCUUCAGCUCUGGCACCAGUAAGAUAGACAAAUAUGCACGCAUUUUGUUUCCUGUCACUUUUGGAGCAUUUAACAUGGUCUACUGGGUGGUUUAUCUUUCCAAGGACACCAUGGAAAAAACUAAGACUCUAAUGUAGUCCUGCUGCUUUGUAGUAUCUUCUCUCUCCCUCUCCUCACAGUUUAUUCUGAACAUGUAUGGAUGCAGAGUUUCUUCUUUUAAAAGUAUUUUGUUUUUUUUUUAAAAAUGGAGUCUCAACACUGAUUUUGUAAACAAAACUUCUGGGCUCAUUUUCUCAUAGUGAAGGGCAGGUAUUCUUAGAUUAUUUUAACUCAGCAAAAGGUUGGGGAGGCCAUAAAUAGUGUCUUCCAGGCUCUCUACAAAGGGCAUUUUGUAUGAACAAACUACAUUGGGCCAUGGAGAAGAACAGAGAUGGGCUAUUAAAGUCAGAUUUGUGAGAAAUGCUCUGCUUUUUUCUAAAUUUGUAUACUGAAUAAGUAGAUCUCUAUAUUUUCAUUACUUAAUUUUGCCACGCCAGUGCGAGUUGUGGUACCUGUCACUUGGAUGCUCAUCCAGAUCUUUGUUACUACAGAUCUUCCUUUAACAAAUAUAUUAGUAGCACAAUCUCAUACCUAACUGUUCAAAAGCAAGCCUUCCUUAGGGUCAAUGAGUUUAUUUCCCAGUAAGUAAGCAGAGUAUUGUGUCAGAAUGAUGACUAAUUAUGUGCUGUCAAGUCGUUUUUGAUUCCUAGCAACCAUAUCGAUUUUCUCCAUGAAUUGUGUCAAAGAAGAUGCAAAAGAAUCUUAGGUGAUUGUAUAAGCACAAAGAUUAUGAAUGUAAUUAUAAACCUAAUAUAUGGGGAUAUUUUGGGAAUGGAGAGAAUGAUAUCUACUUGUCCAGGGCUGAUGAUUUGAAAGAAUAUGGUAGAUGUGUUUUAUUAAAUUGUUUUAUCUUCUAAUAUAUCGGUUAUUAUGCCCAUGAACAGGUUUUUUUUAAAAAGAGGUGGAAAACUAUGCAAACCAUUGUUUGUUAAUAGAUGCUGAAUAUGAUUAAGGUUAAGUAUUUGGAGAACAUCUGCUAAAUAUGAGAUGUAAAAAUGCUUAACUAGGGUGAAACUAAAUCUUGUCGUAUUGAAGGGAAUCACCUGGAAACUUUACUAAGUAGAUAGGACUUGCAUUACUACAUUAAGAACUUUUUAAGUGUAUAAGCAGCCAGCCAAUGGAACAAAACACUCCAUGAUAUAAUGAGUUCUCCUAUCUUAAACCAGAAGCUGGAUACUCAUCUGCCAGAGAAACUGUAAAGGAUCUGGCAGAUCUGAGCAAUGGCUUGGAGUAGAUGAUCUAUAAUGUAUAUUCCAAUUCUAUGAUUCAUGUCCUUUAUAUAGGCUUUGAAAUAUUUGCAUUACACUUCCACAGCCCAAUGCUCCUCAGAUCACAGAAUCAAAGAAUAAGAGUUGAAAGCUAGUUUGGGAACAUCUGUUCCAGCCCUUGUUGUAUUUUCACAAUUUCCAGUCUAUAGACAAGAGGUUGUACGGAAGUUGAAAACUGGAGGACUCAGACUGGAGAGGACCAAAUGAAAGUAAUGUACUUAGACUUCCUUCUGUUUUUAGUUUGCAAUUGCCAACAUAACAGAUGCUUCUCUUGCUUGCCAUGCAUACCUUCCUAUGUUUCUAUUGUGGUUUAGCCUGAAUAUAAAAAUGGUGAGAUCCCUGUUGCAAACUAAGUAGGCUUAGGUACAUUUUAAUGUAGAAUCAGUUGAUACAUUAACCAUCGUUGUGUUGGAUUUGCUUCUUGUAGUUCUUUAUCAAGACAUACUGCAAACAUAACAUUUUCUACAGAAACAUUACUGUGGUAAUCUAUGCAGAUUAUUGGUCAGGCAGUAAUCAAGAUCUGGGACUAAAUCAUUGUGAUAAACACCAAUGAGAAGGUGG